AUGAAUCUAGAUGACUUCGAUCCUGAUCCAGAUAGAUCAACUGGGGAAAAACGAUCUAAUAGGUCUGGAGAUAGCAGGUCCGUAAAUAGGAGGAGGAGAAGGAGAGACGGGGAGGGAAACCCAUUAUUGGGUGUGAUUGGUCAGUUGGUGGAAGCUAUUUCCAAUAAAACUAUGGGAUCUGCGGCAUCAAGUAACAGUGCCGGUAAUGGGACCCAAGAGAACACAAGUGCUAGGAUGGAUCAAUAUUCCUUGGAAAAUUGUCAGGCAAUUUUGGAAAGUAUGCAACUUCCACCGCAACUAUAUUUGGAUGUUGUGAAGUACUUAAUUGCCAACCCAGAGUGGCUUAGGAAAAAUGAGUCAAAUUGUGACUUUAGGGAGGAUUACCAACAUUCCGGUGAGACAAUCUAUAGAUAUGUCCAUGUAGUUUGUGAUGCGAUAUUAGAGUUGACGUCAGACUAUAUCAAGCCACUUGACUUCACUGAUGUUCCAUUAGAGAUAUUGACCAACCCAAACUUCUACCCAUUCUUUAAGGACUGUCUUGGAGCGAUUGACGGUACACAUAUACGUGGGUCGACACCGGUUGAGGAAGGAUCUGCCCACGACGUAAGGAUUCUGAAUUCAGUUCUAGAUGAUCCUGAUUCGGGUUUCUCACAUCCUCCUCCAGGCAAAUAUUACUUAGUAGAUGCGGGUUAUGCGAACAGAGGUGGGGUCCUCGCCCCACAUAGAUGGGUUCCUUAUCAUGUUCCUGAUGCGUGUCAUAACCUUUCUGGACCUAUGGAGUUGUUUAAUUACAGACAUGCAUCGCUUCGGAAUGUUGUGGAGAGGACCUUUGGUGUUUUUAAAAAAAGGUUCCGCAUUCUUGAUGGGAUGAAUAAUUACCCAUUGCAGAAGCAAGCUAACAUUGUUAUGGCAUGUUGUGUAAUUCAUAAUUUUAUCAAAAGGUUCUAUAUGAACGACCCUAUCUUCCAAAGGUUUAAUGGCAAUAGAGUUUGUGAGGAAGGAAAUGGGAUGGGUUCAAAUCAACUGACUCAGCGUAAUACAGACGACAUGGGAAGGGUGAGGGAUAGCAUAACUACUGCUAUAUGGGCAAAACAUGAGUCCAGCUCGUAUUGUUAA